UGUAAAAUGUCAGGACGGGUCUUUCUUCUAAAAUCACAACGAUUGAAUGGCAACUCCAAAGUUCUUAAUUAGGUUUCUUGGCAUGUACGACCAACAUAUUCGUCAAAUCGCAGUUUCAAUUUCAUAGAACCACCUCUCAUUUCUCUCACAAAUAAACAAUUGGAAUCCGGUUGUUAAGAGUGACCUUUCAUCUCUGGUUUGUUCAAUUGUUUAUUACCAAAAGAGAAAGAACUCAGCGAAAAGAAGUUGCAUCUGCAUCACAUUCUGUUUCCUUUUUCUUUUCUUCUUUAUUUUUAUUAUAAUUUUCCCUUCCUCCUCCUCCCAUCCUAAUAUGGAAAUUCCAAAACAUGACUCUCAAUCAAAGUAUCAAUCUUUUUGGCUCCUUCUUCUACCCCACUACAAAAGAAUUGAAAAUUCAGCUUCCCCUGCCCUUCACUCACAUCCCAAUAGUUGUGAUUCUGUUUGGGUGGUGAAGGAGGGAAAAAGCUUAAACCUUGUUGCAUUGGUGGUGGCAGGUCCAUGGCCAGCACAAGUGGCACGAAGGGGCCUUAUGAGACAGAUUGGCAGCCAACAAAGAGGGUUGUGAGGGCUCAUACUAUAAAUGUCGACGACUUCCGAGACGAGGAAGGUGUUGUGGACACUGAGAUUGUGCCUUCUUCGCUUUCUGUGCUUGUGCCUGUUCUCAGAGCAGCCCAUGCCAUUAGAAAGGAGAAUCCAAGAAUUGCCUAUCUUUGUCGUUUCCAUGCAUUUGAGCUGGCCCAUAUGGCGGAUCCUACAUCAAGUGGGCUUGGUGUUCGUCAGUUCAAGACCUACCUAUUGUCCAAACUUGAAAAGGAAUCUUGGGAUACAGAAUUCUUGGUUAAAAGAAGUGAUCCUAGGGAGAUGCAGGACUAUUACCAACAAUUCUAUGAAAAGAAAAUCCGUGAUGGAGAAUUUACCCAGAGACCGGAGGAGAUGGCUAACAAUGUUCACAUUGCCACUGUAUUGUAUGAAGCGCUGAAGACUGUGGUACCUCUUGGAAAAAUUGAGGAUAAGACAAAAAGAUAUGCUGAGGAUGUUGAGAAGAUGAGGGGACAAUAUGAACGCUAUAACAUCCUUCCACUAUAUGGUCUUGGUGUUAAACCAGCAAUCAUGGAACUUCCUGAGAUCAAAGCAGCAAUUGAUGCUAUAUGUAGGGUGGAUAAUCUUACAAUUCCAUUAAUUCGUGCAAGACCUACUAUGCCUAUGCAGAGGCUUAAAAAAGUGAAUGAUAUACUUGAUUGGAUUGCCUCAGUUUUUGGGUUUCAGAAAGGAAAUGUAGCAAAUCAAAGGGAGCACCUUAUAUUAUUACUUGCCAACAUGAAUAUAAGGAACAGCGCUGAAUCAACUAAUCAGCUCCAUGCAGAAACUGUGGAAAAGUUGAUGGCUACAAUUUUAAAAAAUUAUAAGUCAUGGUGUGAUUAUCUACGUUGUGAAUCCAAUCUUAGGUUUCUAGAGGAUUAUGACAAGCAACAGAUGGAGCUGAUUUAUAUUGCACUUUAUCUUCUAAUAUGGGGAGAAGCUUCAAAUAUUCGCUUUUUGCCUGAAUGUCUUUGCUAUAUUUUCCAUCAUAUGUCCUGUGAAGUCUAUACGAUUUUAUUUGUGACUGUGACUGGGAGCAAAGAGAAAGUAGAAGGACGUGAUGAUGAAUUUUUUCUGAGGGAAGUUAUAAGUCCAAUAUAUCAAGUUUUAAUGAAGGAAGCAAAGGGAAACAACAAAGGCAAGGCAAGUCAUUCCAAUUGGAGAAAUUAUGAUGAUCUCAAUGAAUACUUUUGGUCAAACAAAUGUUUUCAUGAUCUAAGCUGGCCAUUGAAUUCCGAAGCAGAUUUUUUUAGGCAUUCAGAUGAGACACAUGAGACAGCACAUCGGGGACGUAGCCAAGCAACCAUUGGAGUUUAUAAGAGGAAGUCAAAAACAAAUUUUGUUGAAGUUCGAACAUUUUUGCAUUUGUAUAGGAGUUUUGAUCGAAUGUGGGUAUUCUUUAUAUUGGCUCUACAGGCAAUGAUUAUCAUAGCAUGGAGUUCCUUGGGACCUGUUGGCGUGUUUUUUAAUUCAGAUGCCUUCGAAAAUGUUAUGACUAUAUUCAUUACAUAUGCUUUUCUCAGGUUUCUUCAAGCAACUCUUGAUAUUAUUCUCACAUGGAAUGCAUUGAGGAAUAUGAAAUUCACUCAAUUGCUUCGAUAUUUUCUGAAAUUUGUGGUAGCAGCUAUUUGGGUUGUUGUUUUGCCAAUAUGUUAUUUCAAUUCGCUACAGAAUCCACCAGGAAUUAUAAAAUUUUUCACCAAAUGGGCUGGGGAAUGGGGGAAUCAGUCACUUUACACCUAUGUUGUUGUACUAUAUAUGUUACCAAACAUAGUGCCUGCCAUACUAUUUUUCCUUCCUCCUGUGCGGAGAACAUUGGAGUGCUCAAAUAUGCGAAUCAUCACCUUUUUUAUGUGGUGGGCUCAGCCAAAGUUGUACGUAGGCAGUGGCAUGCAUGAGAAUAUGUUAUCAAUGAUGAAGUAUACCCUUUUCUGGAUCAUGGUGCUAAGUAGCAAGCUAGCAUUCAGCUACUAUGUGGAGAUUUUGCCCCUUAUUGGACCGACAAAAUUAAUCAUGGGGAUGUCUAUAGAUAACCACCAGUGGCAUGUUUUAUUUCCAGAAAAUGAGACUCAUAAUAUAUGUCUUGUCAUUGCAAUAUGGGCUCCAAUUAUCCUGGUUUAUUUUAUGGAUACUCAAAUAUGGUAUGCUAUUUAUGCCACUCUAUUUGGUGUCAUCGUUGGAGCCUUCAGCCAUGUGGGAGAGAUAAGGACACUUGGAAUGCUUCACUCCAGAUUUCAAUCUGUACCAAGAGCUUUCAGUGAGCGAUUUUGGACUGGAAGAGACAGAAAGACUAAACAGGUGGAAUUGGACGAGACAUAUGAACGGAAUAAUAUUUCAUACUUUUCCCAGUUUUGGAAUGAGUUUAUAAAUUCUAUGAGAGAGGAAGACCUCAUCAGUGACAGGGAUAGAGAUUUGCUUCUAAUUCCAUACAAUGCAACUGAUGUUUCUGUCAUUCAGUGGCCUCUAUUCUUGCUGGCUAAUAAGAUUCAUAUAGCUGUUCACAUGGCAAAAGAUCAUAAGGAGACUGAUGAUGAUUUAUGUAGAAAGAUUAGGAGUGAUGCAUAUAUGUCUUCAGCAGUUGUUGAAUGCUAUGAGACUGUCAAGGACAUCAUACUGAAUCUUCUGCUGGAUGAAGAAGACAGGCUGCUUGUAAGCAGGAUAUGCGCUAAAGUAGAACGGUGCAUACGAGAAGAAACAUUUGUCAAGGAAUUCAAGAUGAGUGGAUUGCCUUCACUCAUUGAUAAGUUAGUGAAAUUCUUGACUCUAUUGCAAUCUGCAGAUGGCAAACAAAAGUCCCAGAUAGUGAAUCUGGUGCAAGAUAUUGCAGCAAUUAUCACACACGAUGUUAUGGUUGAUGGCCAUUUGUUUCAGCAAACACCUCAGCAAUAUUGUGCAGCGAGAAAGGAGAUGUUUGUCAACAUCGAUACUUCUCUCAGACGCAAAAGAUCAGUGAUGGGAAAGGUUACUAGGCUUCUUUUGCUUUUGACAGUCAAGGAAUCAGCCAUAAAUGUGCCCCAAAAUCAAGAAGCCCGACGCCGUAUUACAUACUUUGCAAACUCCUUAUUUAUGAAUAUGCCAACGGCUCCCAAAGUUCGGGAGAUGUUGUCAUUCAGUGUUCUAACACCAUAUUUUGAAGAAGAUAUUAUAUAUUCUGAUGAGGAACUUAAUAAGGAAAAUGAAGAUGGAAUAUCAAUUUUAUCGUACCUAACCAAGAUAUAUCCUGAUGAAUGGGCCAAUUUCAAUGAACGACUAAAAAGUGAUCAUCUUGAGAAAGAUCAGGAGGAAUUAAUUUGUCGGUGGGCAUCUUAUAGAGGACAGACACUUUAUCGAACAGUGAGAGGAAUGAUGUACUAUUGGCAAGCUUUGAUCCUUCAAUGCUUCAUAGAAUUUGCUGGAGACACUGCUCUCUCUGAAGGCUUUCGGACAGAGGAUUUCUACAAUAAAAAUAAGCAGUUUCUCGACAAUGCACAAGCUAUGGCCGAUUUAAAGUUCACUUAUGUUCUUUCUUGUCAAAUGUACGGUUAUCUGAAAAAAUCCAAAAAUGAAAGAGAGAAAAGUUGCUAUAUUAGCAUUCUCAGUCUGAUGUUAACGCAUUCAUCCCUUCGUGUUGCAUACAUAGAUGAAAUAGAAGACAAAAAGGAUGGAAGACCUCAAAAAGUUUAUUACUCUGUUCUUGUCAAGGGAAGGGAUAAAUAUGAUGAGGAAGUAUAUCGCAUCAAGCUACCUGGGCCUCCAACAAUAAUUGGUGAAGGGAAAGCUGAAAACCAAAAUCAUGCAAUUAUAUUUACUCGUGGAGAAGCCUUGCAGACUAGAGAUAUAAAUCAGGAAAACUAUUAUGAAGAAUCUUUCAAAAUGAGAAAUGUAUUGGAAGAAUUUCGAAAAGCACAUAGUGGGCAACGAAAACCCACCAUUUUGGGCAUAAGAGAGCAUUUAUUUACUGGAAGUGUUUCUUCACUUGCCUGGUUUAGGGAAAACCAGGAGACCAGCUCCGUGACCAUUGGUCAACGAGUUUUGGCAAAUCCUUUAAGGGUCCGAUUUCAUUAUGGUCAUCCUGAUAUAUUUGACAGAAUCUUCCACAUAACAAGAGGUGGCAUAAGCAAAGCAUCAAAAGUUAUAAACCUAAGUGAGGAUAUAUUUGCAGGGUUCAAUUCAACACUACGUCAAGGAUUUAUCACACAUCAUGAAUACAUACAAGUAGGUAAAGGGAGUGAUACAAGUAUGAAUCAAAUAUCACUUUUAGAGGCUAAGGUUGCAUGUGGAAAUGGAGAGCAAACACUUAGUCGUGAUGUUUAUCGACUUGGCCAACGAUUUGACUUCUAUAGAAUGUUGUCGUUCUACUUCACAACAGUUGGCUUAUACUUCAAUAGCAUGGUAACUGUGUUAAUUGUGUAUGUGUUCUUAUAUGGUCGUUUAUAUAUGGUUUUGAGUGGAGUUGAGAGAGAAAUUCUUCAAAGUCCAAACAUACAUAAGAGCAAAGCCUUUGAAGAGGUCUUGGCAACUCAGUUUGUUGUUCACUUGGGAUUACUGCUUGUGCUGCCAAUGGUUAUGGAAAUUGGCUUGGAGAAGGGAUUUCGCACUGCCUUAGGUGAUUUUAUCUUUAUGCAGCUGCAGCUAGGCUCUGUGUUCUUUACUUUCCAGCUUGGAACAAAAGUUCAUUAUUAUGGAAGAACACUCUUGCAUGGAGGUGCUAAGUAUAGACCAACUGGUCGUGGAUUUGUUGUCUUCCAUGCAAAAUUUUAUGAUAACUACAGGCUGUACUCACGAAGUCAUUUUGCGAAGGCCUUGGAGAUUCUCAUACUAUUGAUUGUUUAUGAAGUCUAUGGGGAGUCAUAUCGCAGCUCACAUCUUAAUUUAUUUAUAACAAUCUCAAUGUGGUUUUUGGCCACUUCUUGGUUGUUUGCUCCUUUCUUAUGUAAUCCUUCUGGCUUUGAUUGGAAAAAAACAUCUGAUGAUUGGAAAGAUUGGAAGCAGUGGAUUGGAAAAAGUGGUGGUGUUGGUAUUUCACCUGAUAAAAGCUGGGAAUCUUGGUGGGAUGAAGAAAAUGAACACCUGAAAUAUUCAAAUAUGAGAGGAAAAAUAUUUGAGAUAAUUCUUGCAUUUCGCUUCUUUGUGUACCAAUAUGGAAUUGUCUACCACAUGGAUAUUACUCAUCAUAACAAAGAUUUGCUGGUAUUUGGACUUUCUUGGGCAGUUUUAAUAAUAAUACUCAUUGUAUUAAAGAUGGAAUCAGUGAGAAGACAAAGAUUUGGCAGUGACAUUCAGCUCAUGUUUCGUAUUUUCAAGGCAGUUCGCUUUCUUUGUCUCUUGUCACUCAUGACAGUACUAUUUGUGGUAUUUGGACUUACCAUAUCAGAUUUCUUUGCUGCUAUUAUCGCCUUCAUGCCUUCUGGAUGGGCCAUUAUUCAGAUUGCACAAGCAUGGAAGGUAUGGCUGAAAGGAGUUAGACUAUGGGGCACAGUGAAAGAGCUAUGCAGAGCUUAUGACUAUGUAAUGGGAUUAAUAAUCUUCAUGCCAAUAUUCUUUUUGUCAAGGUUCACGUUUGUAUCAGUGUGGCAAACCCGCUUGCUAUUCAGUCAAGCAUUUAGUAGAGGGCUCCCUAUCUCAACAAUUCUUGCUGGAAAGGAAGAAAAGGUGCACGUACAGGGACAGAUGGCAAUUCAUCCUGCAAAUCCGAGAAUGGUAAGGAGUACUAAAGUUAGAAAAGCUAACAAACUUAUUGAAGGACGACAGGUUGAUAAUGUAAAUUAUUAAUUUAUAUUUUUAAUAUAUAUUUAUAAUUUUAAAAUAUAUAUGAAUAAACACUCUUUAUCUAUUUUCCGUAAUAUGUUAGGAAGGGUCUUUCUUCUAAAAACACAGAUUGAAUGACAACUCCAAACUCCAAAGUCCUUAAUUACAUUUCAUGACAUGUAUGAAUUAACAUAUUCAUGAGAUCGCAGUUUCAAUUUCUAA